AUGCCUUACACUCUGCCCAAGUUGCCCUAUGCCUAUGAUGCCUUGGAGCCCAGCAUUUCCAAGCAGAUCAUGGAGCUUCACCACAGCAAGCACCACCAAACCUACAUCACGAACCUAAACAAAGCCCUCGAAACCUCCGCCACCGCUCUCUCACAAGGAAACCUAGCCGACCACGCCGCGCAACUCUCCGCGAUCCGCUUCAACGGCGGCGGCCACAUCAACCACUCGCUCUUCUGGCAGAACCUUUGUCCCGCCUCGUCCGCGGACGCCAAACCCGAGACAGCGGCGCCCACGCUGCAUGCCGCCAUCGCCUCGACAUGGGGCAGCCUCGACAAGUUCAAGGCGGCGUUCACGGCGGAGCUUCUGGGGAUCCAGGGCAGUGGGUGGGGGUGGCUCGUCAAGGAGAAGGGCACGGGACUGUUGCGCAUCGUGACGCUGGCGAACCAGGAGGCGGUCGUGGUGGGUGACACGCCGAUUUUGGGGGUGGAUAUGUGGGAGCAUGCGUAUUACCUGCAGUAUCUGAAUGGCAAGGCGGCGUAUGUGGAGAAUAUCUGGAAGAUUAUCAACUGGAAGACGUGCGAGGCGAGAUUCGUUGGGGGUCGGGAUGAUGCGUUUGUGGCCUUGAAGGCUAACAUGUAA